AUGCUUAACAAUUUUGCUGUAUACUCUCACACCUCAGUUAAACCCUCACGACCCGAGAUUCUCGCUCCGCCCGGAGAGCCCCAGCCGACAGCCAACGGCAGGCUUGUUAUCGCCUCGGCCAACAUGUCGACUUCCCCGGCCGAUCGAAUCGAGGAGACCAGCCAUAUACAGCUCACAUGUCAAACUCGCGGAGGUCGACCGACGCCUAGCAUCGAAUGGUUCAGAAAUGGACGACAAGAGGCUAGGAGCAGCAACAUCAGUUUGGGUAGGAAUAUGGGUAGCCAUGCUGGCAAAGCAGGUAGCCAUGCUGUCCUUCGGAAUGUCAUGACGGAGGCGACACUUCGCCUGCGUAGAGACAACCUGAAUACGGGCGACCGGCUCGUCUGUGUGGUGCGCAAUGAGGCAUUGCUGCGCGCCGAGCAAUUGGAGGACCGGGAGCUGCGCGCUGAAGUUAUCAUCGAAGUUAACUGUAAUCCAGAUUGA